CCCCGUGUCCCCCCGGGCCCACCAUGUGCCCCCGGGCCCUGUCGGUGCGUGUGCUGCGGCUGGGCGCGGUGCCGUACGCGGAGGCGCUGCGGGUGCAGGAGCGCUGCGUGGCGGCGCUGCGGGCGGCGCGCCGGGGCCCGGGGCAGCCGGAGCCGGUGCCGGUGCCGGUGGCGGCGGAGAGCGUGGUGCUGAGCGAGCCGCUGCAGCCCGUGUACACCUGGGGGCUGCGGGGCGCGCCGGGCGCGGCGGCGGCGGCGGCGCUGCGGGCGCGGGGCGCGGCGCUGGUGGCGGCGCGGCGCGGCGGGCACAUCACCUUCCACGGGCCCGGGCAGCUGCUCGCCUUCCCCGUGCUCGACCUGCGCCGCCGCCGCCUGCCCCUGCGCGCCUACGUGGCCGGGCUGGAGGCGCUGGUGCUGCGGCUGUGCCGCCGCCUCGGGCUGGGCGCGGCCCGGGCGCUGCCGCCGCCCUACACCGGGGUCUGGAUGGGCGACAGCAAACUCUGCGCCAUCGGUGUGCACUGCGGGAACCACAUCACCUCGCACGGGCUGGCGCUCAACUGCUGCACCGACCUCUCGUGGUUCGAGCACAUCGUGCCCUGCGGGCUGGAGGGCAAGGGCGUCACCUCGCUCAGCCGCGAGCUGGGGCAGCACGUCGCCGUCAGCCAGGUCCUGCAGCCCUUCCUCGACUCCUUCCAGGAGGUGUUCGAGUGCGCUUUGGUCUCCUCAGAGGACCCCGGGGACUAGGACCGCUGUGCUGCCUCGGCCGGCUCUGUUGGUGCCAGGGCAGCCCCGGGGAUCUCUUGUGAGACAAUUCUUGUGCCUUUGCCUGGGCACU